UUUGUCGGCCACACAUAUUAACACAUCCCAGACAUGCUGUACGUACCUCCUGUUGUUGUUGUACUUUUGGUAUCGUUAACUGUCCCUUGCAUCACGAAGAGCCCACCGGGACACUUACAGCCGCUUGGACAGCACCAGCCUCCCCUAGGCCAGAUUGCAUCGUUGGACACCAUACCGUCCCCGGAAGACUUCUACCACAACCACGUCCUCCCGGCCCGACCAGUGGUGUUGUCGGGAGCCGCGCGGCUGUCCCCCGCCUACCAUCGAUGGACGGAUCGGUACCUGAACGAUCAGCACGCGGAUGCAGUGGCUGAAGUUGAUAACUCCAAAAAGGAGAACACGGAGAGUCAUAGAGAACCGAUGCGUUUGGAUGCGUUCUUGCAGCAGUAUAACCAAUCAGAGAUGUACUUACUGGACCGACUGCCAAAGACCAUGAUGGAGGAAGUGUACCUCCCCCCGUGCCUCUCCUGUGGUGGUUUCACCCGACAUCUUCACGACUUUCGCCUGUGGAUGUCGAGCGGAGGCACCAAGUCCACCUUCCACAUGGACAACAUGGAGAACAUCAUCUGUAUGUACAGUGGGAGGAAGGACUGGUUCCUGGUGGACAGGGAGGUGGGGAGAUACACACUUCACCAUCACACGGAUGGCACAGAAGACCUGGCAGUUGAUGUGGAAAGAGUGGACAUGUACAGGUAUCCAGGCCUGCGUACCAUUCCCUGGUGGUCAGCACGUAUCGAGCGUGGCGACUGCCUCUACCUACCGCACGGUUGGCUGCAUUACGUACAGUCCUACGAUAGGAACGUUGCGGUCAAUGUCUGGUGGACACCCAUUCCCGCCUUUGACUAUUCUGAUUGCUCUGCAAGAGAACACCAGGCACCUACACGGCUUAGUGCAUUGGAGUUAAGGCCAGGAGAACAGAUAAGGUAUGUCAUCAGAGUGUACCUUGAUGAAUAUGGCGGCAGGCUGCCUAAAGACAUGGUGCAGGCCCAGGUUAUCUACGAUGAGGUGGUCAUCACAGACCGGGUGUUUAAAGGCCUGGAUACCAACAGGGAUGGCUGGCUGACUGUGGAAGAAGUGAACAACUUACAGGUGGAGACGAUAGAACGAUUGAUGCCGAACAAGUAUUUAGAGGCAGUUAUGACAUUUGGAAGAUGCGAGGCCUACAACAACACUGCAACAGGAGUUCACACCUUCACAUGUGCAAAUACUUGUACGUAGCCUUCAUACGAGGUAAAAAGGCAUAACCUAUUCUGUAGAAUUCCUGCUAUUCCCUAAAUAUAGAUGUAAUAUAUAUUUCAGUCCUUCUAUCUUCAUUUUGGUGAUAUGAGAUGUAAAAAAAAAAAAGAUUCUUUGUUGCACUUACAUCUAGUAUUCUGGUAUAUAGUAUUGUACUAAAUAUUGAUAUUAUCACUUGUAUGUUUGCAUGAUCAAAGUGCCUGUAUUUAAAACUUAUUUUGUUCCACUAGGAACUUCAAUGAGUGAAUUGAAUACUCUGCAUUGGAGCUUAUUCUACAACCCCACCCACAAAUUCUGUUGAAAUAAACAAAAACAACAGUUACUUCAAG